AUGGCGUUGGGCGGGAAAUCGAGCGCACGUCUGCUCCUGAAGACCCGCGGUGAGCGCAUAUAUGCUCUUGUGCGGGAAAUUUUCCGCUCGGUGGCAUUUACUGCGGGUGCGGGCAGCUUCACGGGGAGAGAGGGAGAGGAAAAGAGAAGGCCGAGGGCGGGAACUCUUGGCAGCGGCGGCGGCCCUGCAUCUCCGCUUGCUACUCGUCUGCUCGAGUCUAGCGGCUACCGCAUUUCCCACGAGGCCGCCCCUGCAUCUUCGCCUGGCUGCGCAAGUCCACUAGCGAUGCAUACAAAGAAAAGGAAUAGGCUGCUGCACAAGAGAUUGAAUGAUAUUGUUUUUGUUUCAUACAAUCGGAAGAUGAGAACAAGGGUUCAGCUUAUGCGUGAGAAGGCAAGCAAGAAAUAUGACCCUUUGGUCAUUGAGGAGUUUGAUUGGGACAAUGAAUGGGCUGAUUCAUUGCAUGUGCCCAUUCCGGGUGCUCAAGGGUAUGAUGAUGUCAAUGACCUCACAUGUUUUCUUCAAGGGGGAUGGAUGCUACAUGGGAGAUGGAAAGGAAAGAAAGGAACAUGGGCUCAAGAAUUAGCAACAAACGAAGUAUGUGAGAUUGAUGCCAUCCUUCUUGUUGUCACACCUGGGCUUGUUGGAGAAAGGAAAGCCAUCCUCCUUGUGGUCACACCUACUGGACUUGCUGAAGAAAGAGAUGCCACACCCCUUUUUAUCACACCUGGGCUUGAUGUUACUUUUGGAUCAUCAAUAAUGUUCAAUGGCUCAGUAACUUCGGUGGAGGCUUCAACAUCUUCAGAUUUCGUUUUCCUAUAA